UCGAAACGGUCUGGGUCGCCGCACGGUGUCGUUUCGCGCGAUCUCUCGAGUCUCGCCCCCUCCUCCUCCUCCACCCCGCGAGGAUCAGCCCCGGUGAAAGCUCGUCUCCCGGUGAUCCGAUCUCCCCGUCCGGUCGCCCUGCUCGCGCGCACGUCGCUCGCCGUCAGCUCGCCGUCGACGAGCUCCCGUUCGCGCGGAGGAUCGCGCCGCCGUUCGGCGAGGCCGACGAGAGGACAGCCGUCGUCGUGUCCAUUGUGCGCCCGCCGCCGGGAGUCCCCGCGACACCAUGGAGGUCCUGCCGUGCCCCGUCAACGUGGACUUCAGCAACACCCGAGCUGGAAGCGAGACGGACGAAUUGGACGGUGCCUGUCAGGCGCUGGCGAAGAGGCUGGAGGUCGAGCUCAGGAGGGCCAAGCACGCCCAGCUGGCUUGCGGCGAGGUCCUCCUGCCUGCCGACUUGCUGCCCAAGAUAGCCAAAGAUGUACUUACCAUGGCGGAGAACGAGCCCUGCGGCCUCCGAGGCUGCACGCUGUUCAUCAGCUUCGAGACGGACAGUAUGUGCCGCAAACUGUCGAGAAUACAGUGCGACCCCAGCACCGUGUCGACCUUCGAGCUUUAUCUCACGCUGAAGCAGGACCACACGUCCUGGCACAUGCUGCUGCCUCAGUUCUUAAAAAAUCUCACUCGUGGCGGCACCAUCAUGAUCAGUAGGGACUUCACUCUGCAAAAGAAGAAGCUCUACAGGUCUUUCCAGCAAUCUCAUUGAGGGGCCUCGGGGAUCGCACACUGGGGUUUUGCACGUUUAACGAUCACCCGUUUUGCCUAAACGGGUGCGGCCAUUUUUGUCAGUCUGCCGCUCCGCGGGCGUCAGCCAAAUUUGUACAAUAUCGGGAGGCCAGGAAGGAAAAAAAAAAGAGCCAAGACGGCGGAAGCAGAGAUGCGGACCUGAGGUUAGAUUUCGCCGUUGCAAACAUUGUAAAGAUCGCGCACUGUCGCAAUCGCGCAAGAUGUUGCGCUUAACCCUUUAACUCGGAAAUUAAAGAUACGGAGAGGUACACUUGGAUUUCCUAUAUGAAUGACAUUUCACUUGCGGGAGACCGUAGAAUCUUUUUGACCGAUGAUACCGUUUGCGCACGCGUAUGCGGAAAUAAGAUUGUUCUGUGUGUUUAGAAUUUAUUCGUUGGAUAUGUAAGGAAAUUGAGUAGCUCGUAGAAAAUGCUUUACGGUAUAAAAUAGUUGCAGUUUGAAUGCAACAGUUGUACGGAAAGUUGGAUCUUGCGUCGACGGUCCAGCGUGGAUCUAAUUGUAAGAAUUGAACAGUUUAGGCGUCCCGAGAUCUAAUAGUUUAACAAGGUCGGGAUCUGAGGUGCCGAGGAUCCACGCAUCUCAAUCUACAGGAACGGAGGGGGGGAUUAAAGAAUACAAUCGGCCGACAUCAGCUUGUAAUUGUAAUCCGGAAGUUAAACGAUUAGGUUCGAGGGACGCCGGUAUCGAAGAAGGAAAUUUUGCGAGACUAGUUUGUAAGAUAACGUAGACUUUGAAGAUCGUUGGAGUUGAGGACUGUAGAAUUUAAGGCUUCCAAAAUCUAGGGAUCUAGAUUUUUGGAGUUAGAAGUAUUGUAACGGUAAGGAUGAAAAUCUAAUACAGUUCCCACUGCUGAACGGCGAAUCCGGUUAAAGGGUUAACGACAACAACAUCGCUCUUUAUUUUGUCUGCUGUCACCAUGCAAUACUGUAUUCAAGGAGAGAGAGAAAGAGAGAGAGGCCUAUUACGCGUUCGAUAAUUGUGAUAGCGCGAGACGAGUUGUAGUAAUAGCAGAUCUUAUAUCGCGAGGAAGUGGCUCUCGCGCCUUCGUUCUUGAAGAGGAUAUGUGAUUAUAAGACUUGUAACAAAUUUCACGUGAUACGUAGCGAGUAUGAUUAGUUUUUAGGGAGCGCGUUUUACUGAUUAAUCGUAGUCAGGUAGCUAUUAGUCGCGUCGGAUGUUUCGUGACGAUCUUUCGAGGCUCGAGCGUGCGCUCUCGCACGAACGGGCGCGCAUUGUCCAUUUUUUCAUCGUGAAAUGCGAAACGAUCAUGUUGGACUAAUGUGGCAGCAUAUUUCCCAAAUAGGAUUCCUUUAUCAAGAUCCUUGCAGGAUGCCGCCCCAGGGAAAUGCACCGGUGAGACCGGCAUUUUGCGAUUAAUCGAGUCACCGUUGACACCGGCAAUAAUUCGAGUACGUAAUCACGUAAUUGAAUUAUCUUGUAUUCAGAAGCGCAAGAGUGCAAAUAACAAUUUUCCAAUCGACUUUUCACACGGUCUGCCGAACUUGCGAGAGAACGACCUCUCCUUUUUCAAAAACAAACGAUUUCAGUAGGAUGUUGUCACGGUGCGCAUUUUUCUGGGACACCCUGUAUAUCCCUAUGGUAGAUGGUACACAGAUGUUCAGCCCAUACCGUCAUUCCAUCGAUCGAUCUUUCUCCCUCGUCAUUUUCUCCUUUCAUAACAGUCGCUAUGUGUGUGAAAAAUCUCGUUAAAUUGUAAUAACAUCUUCUCUCGAUGUCGCGAUGCUGAUAAUCGUCCCCGCGUUAUCACCGAUAAGUACAUUAAUAUUCGCGCGAUCAUUGCCGGGUGAUUCGUCUCGACGACAACGUAUUUGAGCCAUCGAGUUGUCGGCGGAAGCAGCGCGCUUUCGCCCUCGGUCUGCAUCGUUAGCGGCGUUUUGUUUCAAUAUUCCGCGCGCGGAGAUUUCGGUCCCGCGAGUGUCGAACGUAUCUCGAGGGGAAGAGUUCGUACCUCGUGAAAGGCUCGUCGCGGAUGUUUCGUUUACAGUCUGCGGGAUCUAGAGGGUCCCCUUAAUGAGUUGGAGUAAAGCGGUGCAAUUUCUAAACGUUUCAGAAUGUAUCUUAAACCUCUCGGGUUAAGAGGCAAGAAGCAACCUUAUCUUAAAUGGGGUAAUGUGUAAAUGUACAUCCACUAGAUAGUCCAACUGUAUCUCUCGUCGUCGGUACAGUCCGAGAGACGAUCCAUCCUGAAGCUGCAUCGCUUUAACUCUGCGUAGCUUCAAACAGAUUUUCACAAGGAACAGUGACGAGACGAGUCCGCGGUUCGCUGUUUAACACGUUGCAAGGGUUAGAGAGAGAGAGAGAGAGAGAGGAUUAACAUUCUGUCGUUAAAUUAUAUUGUUCGCAAUCUUUCGAUUUGUCAUAUUGUUAUUAUUAUUAUUCGUUGACUACCGUACGUACUGCUACUUACGUUGUGGUUAAUAUCUGUUCGCGUUUACCUUUGUGUCUAUAUAUAUUUUUUUUUAUUUCUUUACCUCCCUUCUCUGUGUGUUUUUUUUUACUUUGCUUCGGUCGCUUUUCGUCGUAGCGCGAAUUAAAGACCUUAGUGGCGGUAUUGUGAUAUUAAGAAUUACGAAGUGAUUAAGAGAAAGAAGCGAGUGUGUGAUUAUCGUUAGGAUUUAGAUUAGAGACACUCGUGUAAAGUGUUCUUCGCGGGGUCGAGAGAAACGUGUUGCGUAGGGAUACGAGCCCCUCCGUUUUACCUUGGCGCAAAAGAAAAAAAGCAAAAUAGAUUAAGAUCGAAAACCUCGUGGUUCACUUACAAAGGGUGGCGACGCUUUAACCGGUGAAUCGAAUAUUUAUGCCAGAAAGUGAGGCUUCCUUUUACGAACCGCAUUACAACUGGAUGCGUUCCGCGACGAGACUCAAUGGAAUUAGAGCGAACUCGUUCUUUUUUUCUUUUUUUUUGUGAUAAACUGGAACUGUCUCUUUCAAAGUCGGCGAAGCAAAAAUACCGAUGGUGUUGCAAUGAAAUUCACUGUUUAAGAGAGAAAUUGUAUGGAAAGAUUUAUUUGUAUAUAUUUUAUUUUAUACGUUAAAAUAAAUUAUAAUUUUUAUUGAAAAGAAAAUGUGAUCUUUUUCACGCGCUCUGAUGUGAUACAGUUUUAAAACUUGUUUCUCUGUUAACACUUGUGCGUAUUUAAUUGCUAUUUUUUACAGCCAAGGAUCUGGAUAUAGUCUCACAUAUAUAUGUAUAGAGUCGAUUUUCUAAUAUACAUAUAUUCAUAUGUAUAUUAGAGAAUCUGUGAGAAACAAGGUUCUCUAGAAAUUUUCACUGUCCAAGAGCAUAAUCGAGGAUCUCUUGUAUAUCUUUCGCGAUUUCGAAGAUCUUGUGAAUCAAACAAUUUUCGGGAUCUUGAUCUCAAGUAACGUGUAAAAUAAAAUUCGUUGCAUUUUUUUCUGUUUAAA